AGUAGGGGGGUGUGAGGACUGGAAUUGAGAACCACUGAUGUAAUCUGUUAUUAUUUAAAACAUUUUUUGCAAUCAGAAGUGUUCAGAAUUGCAUCUGUUGUAAUCUAGCAGUGGAAUCCAAGGGAAGUAAUUUAGAUUGCUUUAAUUUACAUAGGUUUGUAGACAAAUAAAUUCACCUAUUAUACUCUUCCACAGUACCGGGCAGAUGUUGUGGUCCCCAGUCGUAUGGAGAAGAUGAUCAGGGUUAUUCGAGAACGAGACUUUCCAGCAUUUGGUGAGCUGACCAUGAAAGACAGUAAUCAGUUUCAUGCCAUCUGUCUGGACACAUACCCACCCAUAUUCUACCUGAACAACAUGUCGCACCGGAUCAUCAGUCUAGUGCACCACUACAACCAAUACUAUGGAGAGACCAGGGUGGCAUACACCUUUGAUGCUGGUCCUAACGCUGUUAUUUACACCUUGCAAGACCACUUGCCAGAGUUUGUACAGGUGGUCCGUCAUUUCUUUCCCCCGGAAGUCAAUGGAGAGGAGUUUGUCAAAGGUCUUCCUGUUUGUUCAGCUGACCUUUCUGAGGAGUUAAAGAGAGACAUUAAUAUGGAGCCCACACCCAAGGCUAUACGCUAUAUAAUCAGCACUAAGUGUUGGGAGUGACGCGCUUCAAAAGUAACGAUACUACAGAAAUGUAUUUCUCCCCCUUUAUAUUAAGUGGCCUUAACUACUAUGUACUUACAUUUAAAUUAAUAAUUUGGUACAAUGCACUUAAUGUGUACAUACAUGUUUUUAUAUUGUACUUAUAUUUAAAAAAUACAAGCAUGUAAUUACAUCUGUCAUUAAUUUCAUAAUUACAUUUAUAAUAACACUGUUGACCCAUCCCUUACACCUUAACCCACCCUUAAACCUGCCCAUACCACCAAACUUGUCCCUAACCUUACCUGUUUCCCACCUCAAUAGCAGCAAAAGUGUUUAUCAAUACAAUAUGAACAAAAUAAGUACAAUUAUUUUUUUUUAUGUAAGUAAAUGUCAGUUAAGGCC